UACACCAACUUUGAAUGCCUCCAUCUGACGACGGUUGACACUUAACCCUCCUCCUCCAACGGCUAUCUCCUCGAUUCUCUCCUCUCCUCUCCAAACCAAACCAAAUCCCCCCAAUGCCCUCGCCGCCGCCGCCGCCACCGCCGCCACCAACCCCCUGACCCACCGCCGCCAUGAUGCCGAGGAUGUCCAAGCCAGCGCCCGCCUCCUCCGCGUCCAAGCCGAGGAGGAGGGCCUCCCCUUCCCCGUCCCCCUCCCCCGGGACGGCGCCCAAGACCGCCAAGAAUGCUGUCGCUGGUGCUGGUGGUGGCGGCCAGCGUCGCCGUAGCCCGCUCACCGAUCUCAACUCCGGUGACGCCUCCGCCGCGCGGGGCGGGUGCUUCAGGUUCCUCGUGUCGUCCGCGUCGUCCGGGUCCAGGUCGAGGACCCCCGUGGCGUCCCCCAAGGUGAAGAAGCCCCGCCCGGAGAUCGGGCGGCGAGGCCGGGUGGUGGCGGCCGCGGAUCAGGAGUCGAGGACCCGGGUGGUGGAGAAGAUGAUGACGAGGGGGAGGGCGGAGACGGAGACGGCGAGGAAGCAUGCGCCGCCGCCGAGGGGGCUGCCGCUUCUUGGCGAGGCCCUGACGCCGCAGAGGAAGGCGGACGCGGGGGCCACGCCGGCGGUGUCCGGGGCGACGCCGCCGAUCCACGCGUCGAUCUCGCCCGAGGUGCUGGCGUGCGGGUCCGCCACGCCGGCGUGCUUCGCGGCGGGGCACCACGUCGUGCCUGGGGUCGCCGACCGCCGCAAGUGCCGGCCCAGGGGCAUCCUGGCCAUCGCCGGGGAAGGGGCGAGCGAGGAGCUCGACCCCGACCCGUCCAGGGCGUCGAUCCACUGGCUGUCCUCACCGUCGGGGGAGGUGCCCGGAACGUGCUCGACGAAAUGCACCAACGAGGCAUCCGUCAACUGGCUACCGUCGCCGCGCGAGGAGCGCGGCGUGGAUCUUCUCGGCGAUGAGAUCUUUGUCCCGAGGUGCUCUUUGGAGGAUGCGUUCUGGCAAAUCUCCCCCAAAUCCACGGGGCUGUUGAGCUCACCUGUGCUCAAUGGUCUAUUGGACCUUGGCACGCCGGCAUCGGAAUUGUCCGAGACGACACCGUCAUCAGGAUUUCUUCCCCUGCAGAAGACGCCAAGCACCGGUGACAGCCUUAGUCCCUUCUCACUCAUUGUGAAGAGGGCAUCACAAUCACUGUCCUCUAGAGGACUGAAGUCCUUGUGUUCCCAGCAAGGACCAGGCAGCUGCAGCUAUGGCUCGGCAGCUGAUCCGACAGCGAUCUCCGGUGAGUCAUGGAGCAGCAAGUGCUCAGGGCUGACGAGGACUUGCAGUCGCCCUUUGACGAAAAUGGAUCCGGUGGUCGAAUGUCUCGAGAUGAUGGCUCUGUCCCCAAGGCCCGGGGAUGCCGAUUAUUGCGGAAAUGGUGCCUUGCCUGCACCAUUGCCUGACCUUAGCUUCCAGUUUGCAGGUGCUCCAAUGUCUCUGGAAUCCAUAGACUUGACCUCUUUUAAGAGAUCACCUUGUGGCAUAGAAUUGAAGGGGGAGAAGAGUGCAAGUUUUCAGAAACCGGUCCUUGCGGACCCCCGGAUCUCUUGGCGAGAAGGGCUGGUUAGCAGGAUGUUUGACAUGGGUGAUCUGGACUGCUGCAAGUGGUGGUCUGAUGAUGAGGAUGGGCCAGUUUUUCAAGGCAAUGAAGAGGCUUUGCGCGAUACCGAGCUUCAGUCAGUCAUCCCUUCUUGCCUGCAGGAAUGUGGCGACCAAACGGCUGCAGCAUGUGGCUUUGGAUCGGUUGAGUUCAGUUGUAGUGGUGGUGGUGGUGAAAUGUGUAAUGACAGUAAGCCUUCUUCAAACCCAGUUUCAGUUGCAGAGUCAAUGAGAGCAGAAGGAUUCGAGCUCGUGUCGUCCGACGACUCGGAUUGGACUCUCUUCUACAAGAAUGGCUUGUUUGAGUCAUGAGUUUGUCUGAAUUGGAGUGGGGUUUCCCUGUCCAGAGAUGUUGUGUACUAAUUGUAGCAUGAGAAGAACCACUGCGAACACAGGAGUUUGUGUUUGCCUCCCGGCCUUGUACUUUUAAUUUUCUUUUACCAACAUAUGGAGUUUUCUGUUUUUAAACCUUGAGCACCUGUUCAUGUAAAUUACGCUGGUAGAUAGAUUUGUUUUUUGAAUAACUUCUUGUUCAUUUUUAAUCCAGUGGUUGCAAUUCAGAGCAACAUGAGUAAUAUACCAUAUUUUUCUACCUUUCAUUUGAUUAA